ACAACAGCUCGAACUGUUAACUGAAAAAGUCAAGGAACUUACCGAGCGUAAGUUUAACGGCUUAUCAUCAGUCGAAUUAUUAAACCAUACAACAGAUUUCCUGAAUCAGCACAAAGGAGAUAUAGAGUCGAUAUUAGGAGAAGAAGUCGAUGUAAAUAUAUCAUGUAUAAGUAAGGAAGCGUCAAAACUCCGGCGUGAUUUGUCAGAUGCUGAGUCAUUGAUUGGUAUACAGAAGGACAAGCUACAAUCUCAGUUUAGAGACUUGCGAGAAUGCGCGUAUCGAAUACAUGCUGUGUUUGUACAUAGUGGUCAAGCGUCGUUUGGACAUUACUGGGUAUACAUAUAUGAUUUUGAGAACGAACGAUGGCUGAAGUAUAAUGAUUCAUACGUGUCAGAGGUUAGGGAGAGUGAAGUGUUUGCCGAUACCACCGGGUCAACAGCCAACCCAUAUUGUAUGGUGUAUGUAAGAGCAAAAGAUGCCAAGGAAAUAGUAAACACUGUCUGCCGUCGUUACUAA